AUGGCGUAGGAGCACUCGGAGAUGUUUUUGAGGCACGGGCGACGCCCGCCCCCACACUCGGCGGUGUCGGCCUGUGAGGCUCUUCAAGCAACCUAGGGAUUGUGCCAGGUUCGGGACGGCGCUACAGCGCCGAAAAGCCGCGCCGAUGUUGCGUAAGAGCCGGGUCGUUUUCCUUCAGAACCUACAAUGCCAACGGUUGUGGCUAUGCUACUCUCUUUUCGUUCCUUUACGCCCUUCAGCACGCUAAGAACCCCACCCAUGGGCUGAGGUAUAAGAUGCCGGGGGUUGACCGUGCCACAGAGCACCAUAAGCAUCCAAAUCCUCAUUCACGUUCGGGCAGCUGGAUACAGCAAUCGGCCUAUCUCACAGAUUCAAUCAUCGCACUCACCUCUGUUUGAAACGUCUCAAAUCAACACAAGAUGUCCCACGCACUCUCACAAAAGGCGCUCCCCAAACAAGCCGAAGCCCUUCUAAGCGGUCGAGCAAAAGUCACAACCUACGAAUCCACCGGCGGCAAGACAACCGCCAAGUUCGCACAGCACAACCUCUCCCUCAUCCCGCCGAUCCCCGCCGGCUCCAUCAUCCACGACAAUUGCACUGGCUCGGGCACCGUCUCGCGGCUCAUCCUCCAACAGCAGCCCGACGUCAAAAUCUAUGCCACAGAUAUCGACCAGCCCUUCCUAGACGUGCUCUCCGAAGACGCCGCACGGAAUUCUUGGCCCGUCGAGGCCUCCAACCAGCGCUCGGAGAAAACGAAUUUCGCCGACGCGUUCUUCGACUACGACAUCACCAACAUCGGUGUCAUCUUCUGGACAGGCGGAGGCGCGGAUGGCGUAAAAGAAGUCUAUAGGACGCUCAAGCCCGGUGGGACCGCGCUGAUCAACUGUUGGCAGUCCAUCACAUGGAUGCUGCCCAUUUUCCUGGUGCACAAGCAGUUCCGCGGAGAUGCGGCGUUCCCUGCGCCGCCGGUCAACUGGACGGAUGGACAGCAGCUUCGGAGAGUUAUCUUGGAGGCGGGCUUUACGGAGGAGAAGCUGAGGCUAGAGCGUCAGGAGGUGCAGAGUGUGGUCCCCGCAGGCGAAUUCAGAGAGUGGGUGGAGAAGACGUGGGCAUACCUUGCGGGGAUUGGCGGGUGGCACGAGGUGGAUGCGGAGAAGUGGGAUGAGGAGGUUGAUCGCUUGGCGGAGGUGCUCAAGCAGCAGCCUGGGACGACAGUCGAGGGCGGAAAUGUUAGUAUGAAGGCGAGUCAGUGGAUUGCAGUCGUGGAAAAAUAGACGUCGGCCAUGAGCAGACUCGGUUAAUGAACAGAUAUGAACCUUGG